UAGAGAGCUAAAAUUAUACCUGCGGCGGUCUCUUAAAACAAACGUCACUUCCGGCUGCGACAAUAGAGAGGAGGCCGCCAUCGUAACCAUGCCUAAGUUUUAUUGUGACUACUGUGACACCUACCUCACUCAUGAUUCCCCUUCAGUUCGCAAGACUCACUGCAGUGGAAGGAAGCACAAGGAGAAUGUGAAAGAUUACUAUCAGAAAUGGAUGGAAGAGCAGGCACAAAGCCUGAUUGACAAAACCACGGCUGCAUUUCAACAAGGAAAGAUACCACCAACGCCUUUUGCUGCUCCACCAGCUGGAGGUACUAUGCUUCCGCCACCACCUAGUCUAGGUGGACCACCUCGUCCUGGAAUGAUGGCAGCUCCACCCAUGGCUGGCCCCCCUAUGAUGCCAAUGAUGGGGCCACCUCCUCCUGGAAUGAUGCCAGUCGGGCAUGGUCCUGGAAUGAGACCCCCAAUGGGAGCUCACAUGCCUAUGAUGCCUGGACCCCCUAUGAUGCGGCCUCCUUCUCGUCCCAUGAUGCUCCAGUCUAGGCCUGGCAUGGCACGUCCUGAUCGAUAGUUGGUUAUUCCCGGCAUUCAGUCUCAAAUGUCUCAUUUUUACUUGACCCUGAGGAGUUAAUGCACAUAAAAAUAUAAACCUUUUGAUUAGGAAUAAUUAAGCCGUUUCUGUGAAAUUGUUUAGUUAUCUUGCCAAAUAGGUUUCGUAUUUGCUUUUGCUCAACUUUUCACUGUUGAUUUGUUUGACUUCCUCAUACUCUUUCAGCCAUUUUUGUUAAUUUCGCUCAAGUUUAUUCACUAAAGUAUGAAUUGUUUGAAAUUCAAAGUGGCUAUUUUGGCAUAUUUCUCUAUGAAUGCCUCAUGAUACGCACUUUUGUGAAUAAACUUGUCCGUGUGGAAAUUUAGCCUUUGUGAUGUAUGGAACAUCAUGAGCAAUGCAGUCUCUCUAUUAUUUGUUGGGAAUUGGCAUCUUAAAUCCUGUGGGGGUUAUUCACUAAAAUGAGAAUUUAAAAUUUAAGGCCAAAGUAGCCAAAUUGAAAGAAUAGCUGACCAGUUUGGCUAUUUUUACCUUGACUUUGAAAUUGAGUUCUCCCUGCUUAGUAAAUAACCCUGCUAGACUUGACUCUGAAGCAUGGGUGAAACCGGAGCAUGUAAGAAAAAAUACCUUCAGAUCGAACCAUACAUAAAACAUGGCAAAAAUUAUUUUGGUUAACCUUAUGUCUUUUUAAAGUGCUCUGUUUUCCAGUCAUAUUUUUGAUUUGUGUUAAUCAACCUGUGAAAGGAUUUUUGUUUUUAUAUUAAAGCCUUUUGGUUUUUGUUACAAAGCAGAUCUGUAUUUUAGUGAUGUCACUGUUACUUGUCACAGUAUUCUUUGUUUUGAACAAUCUGCUUUUGUAGGCAUUUUUACAAAAAUCAGGGGUAAGUUAAUAAAUGGGUAAAAGCAAA